CCUAAGCCCAAAGAGUGUCCAUAUAAAACUCCCCAUGAGCUGAAAGCCAGACUCAGACAGCAAAAGACAAUCUGAGACUAACAGGAGCUAACAAGAAGAUCGAAUUUACUUAAAUACUGCAACUGAGAGCGCCGGAAAAUGUGUAGAGGAUUAGCUGCCUUGCCCCAAACCUGCCUGGAGAGGGCGAAGGAGAUCAAGUUAAAAUUGGGCGUUUUACUGCAAAAGCCUGAAAAUGCCAUUGACCUCAUCAUCCCCUACCCUGAGAAGACUGAGAAAAAGCCGGAGAAGCAGCAGAAGCCGACUCCUGAUGAGGCUGCUCAGUGGCGUGAGGGUCUGGACAGAGUCCUGAACAACAGCUAUGGUGUUUCUGCUUUCCGCAGCUUCCUCCAGUCUGAGUUCAGUGACGAGAAUGUUGAGUUCUGGGUGACCUGCGAGGACUUCAAGAAGAUCAAGAACCCCGUGAAGAUGGCAGCCAAGGCCAAGAAGAUCUACGAAGACUUCAUCCAGUCUGAGGGGCCAAGAGAGGUGAAUAUUGACCACUUCACCAAGGAUGUGACCCUGAGGAACCUGGUGGAUCUGUCCCCUGCGACCUUUGACCUGGCCCAGAAGAGGAUCUUCGCCCUGAUGGAGAAAGACUCCUUCGGGCGUUUCCUCCGCUCUGAGCAGUUCCAAGAGCUCCUGGUCAACUAAGCCGGAGCAGUUCAUGCAGGAUGGGGGGUUGGGUUUCAAACAGCAGUCAGUAAACAUGAAAAUAAUUAGAAACACAUUUGUUGGAUUAAAUAUGUUUAAUCUGCUUCUAUUUGAACCUACAAUUGAAAUUUCUAUUUUUAGAAAAAAACAGUUCAAAACAUAAUUAUAAUUUAUAAUUUGAGUGUAACUAAAGGGAGAGACUGCUUUUUGUAAUAGCCCUACCUCCCCAACACACACACACACACACACACA